AAAAAAUGUCUUCUCGGCAAACUCCCGGUGGACUUGGUUUCCAAGUAGUUGCCAAACAGGCAAGCAAAUACAACGAUUAUGAAGGCGAAAUGUUGCUUAAAUGGAUAAAGAAGUUGAGCGGUGAAGGAUUCCAGCCAACCGGGAACCGUGAAAACUUUUACAACUUGUUGAAAGACGGGACCCUUUUAUGCAAGACUGCAAAUGCACUUAAACCAGGCACCGUUAAAAAAAUACAAAAUCCAACUGGCGGAAACUUUGCCUGCAUGGAGAAUAUCAACGCCUUUGUAAAAUUCGCAAAAGAAACAGGCGUUCCAACAGAAGAACUUUUCCAGUCUGUUGAUUUGUUCGAAGCUCGCGACUUGUUCUCUGUCUGCGUCACGCUUUUAUCGCUUGGGCGAAUUUUGGAGAAGCAAGGCAAAUCCAACCCCUAUUCUGGAUAA